AUGUGGAAGUACUGCAGUGCCAAGAAGCCAGCAGCCAAGAAGCCAGCAGCAAGAAGACAGCAGCCAAGAAGAAGCAUAUUUUUCUUGCAUGUUUGGACUGGUUUUGCGUUUAGAAGAAUGUCACGUGAAAAGAGACAGAGGCCAAACCCUUCUCCAGUGUCUUCAAAUCCUGGUAGUGAUGAGGAGUGGCAGCCUGAGCCAAGACAGACUUCAGGGUCUAUGCAUCAUCAACAGACACAGGGAAAUAAUGAGGAUACUGACACCUCUGAGGCUGAGCUUUUAGGUCAUCGCUCUGCUAAAACUCAUCCGAGUGAAAAGAUGAAAAUUUGGCGGAAAAUUGCAGAUAAUGUUACUGCAGUUUCUGGUGUAGUCAGAGAAGUAGAUGUAUGUAAAAAAAGAUACAGUAAUUGCAGGAGAUGCACCAAGAAAAAAAUGGCUAAAGAGCAUAAUUAUAAAAAAGGUACAGGUGGAGGACCGCCGUUGGACAUAACUUGGCUGCCCUGGGAAGAAAAAAUCAUGCAUAGAAUGAAUCCGGCUAUGAUUCAAGGCUUGCCAGCAAGCAUAGAUAGCAGCAUUUCCAGGCCUGCUAUAAGCACAGGUAAUAAUUCUAACCAAACCACCAAUUUUUAUUGUCUUUCAUUUAACAUUUUUUUGGGUCAUUAUUAUCAAAAAAAUACAGAUAUAAGAGAAUCGAUGGAAAGACAUCAAGGUCCAUCAACAAGUGGUACUGCUCACAGACACUCUCGGCCUUCAGUCUCAAGUCAGGCACAAAGUGGAAUUCAUGAAAAAACUUAUAUGGAAAGUCAACAAGGAAGACCAAGCAAAAAAAUACGCACUGCAGAAGUAGAAAAAAGGGCAAAAUCCCAUCACCCUAAACAAACCAGGAUGGCAUCAAUGGUCAGCAGAAUACACAGUGAAGAAGAUCCCAUUGAAACUCAUCGACCAAGACAAGUUCAGGUAUCUGGUAGCGGGAGUAGACAAGCCACAGCUUCAAAAUCUUCAAAAAGUCAAGGAGAAUCACAGCUUUUAAGUAAACUCGCUGAAAAAAUGGCAUCAGCUGCUGGAACAUCUACCAAAAAGACAAGUAAAAGUCAAGGUAGAUUGACCAUGAGUCAACUGACAAGUGAGGAUGUGAGAAGAAAUGAAAAAGCUGUAAAAAACAUCCAAGCAGAUCAGACACCAGUAAAUUUAAUUCGUAAAAAAAUUUCUGAAAAAUUGACACCCUCACAUAUUCUGGAAAGCAGCUCCGCUGCCAUAUUGGCGAAAACCCAGGACCCACAGCCCACUGCAGAAGAUUUAAUUUCCACUUCUCCUUCAAGCCCAAUAAAUGAGCCAUUUCAGGAACCAGAACAAGAGAGUACAAGAUUAUCUGACGUACAUACCAACACAUCAGAGGAGCUGAUUGAUUCUGCCACAUCAAUUACUGCUGCAUUUUCCCAUGAGGAAGAUGUCGAACCUUUAGAUGUAUCUGAUAGGACACAAGUUUCAUCUCCUAUAGAAAGUCAAUUUCAAGUGUUGGAGGAUAUACGAACAGGUCUUUCAACAGGGACUACUGAACGUGUGAAUGACAUUGCGAGACAAAUGGAGAACAGACAAGAAACCUUCCGUGUAACUGUAGAUCACCGUCUCCUAAAGAUGGACGAAACACUGGGACGUUUCUCUGAAUAUCUAAGAGACGUGACAACCUCCACUUCUGCCGUGUUACAGGGCAUAGAGUCCAAAAUAGGUACCAUGAUUAUUGCCUUAAACAAACUUGUGGACAACACUUCGUGUCAGGGAAACAGCCUACAAAUCAUGCAGACCAGCCAUAGCCAAACUGCAGCAAAUACAUCUCUAAUAGCUACACAACUCCAAACUAUGAAUACUAUUAUGUUGAAGAUGUUGGCUGCUUUGAGUCAGGGACAACACCAUCCUGCCAUUCAAGAAUCAUCUCAAACAUUUCCAGGUUUUGGACAAGAGGGACAAUUACAUGGAUUGGACUCUGGUGAUGUCCAUCCGCAAAUGCCAACAUGUCCUAGUCCUGCUCCUCCUGAUAGUGCAACCACACCAGGACCAUACACGCAACAACAAAAUCCAGAUGAAUCAAAUUGUUAAUUCUUACUUGUCCUCUCAAAUUGAACCAAUGUCUAAGUACUACUUGUUGAGAUUUGCACUUUUAUUUUAAUGUAAUACAUUUUACAUUUGUUUAUUAGGGUAAACAAAACUGUAUUUGAUUGUUUGGCGUCUUGCCUACAUGAUUUGUUUCUGUGCUUCUGGAUGCUUAUGUGUGUGCACUGUUAAAUGGAGGGAUAUACACUAUACCUAUAUAUUUUUAUAGGUAUACUAUA